AUGCGCGGUGUUCGGCUACCGGCCUGGGCGCCGGGUGUCUGCCCUCGGCCGACUGUCCGACAGAGCGCUGUCCUGCGCCAGGUCUUUCCACAAUCGAAUCGAGCAGUCAACCAAUCUAGCGACUUCAAUGGCGCCAAACGACUGUUUUCAAAUUCCUGCGGAAUCAUUCGUGACACCCCCGGUGCUUUUCUCCGGUCAACUGAGGUUCCGUUUUCGCUUCGCCGGAAUGGCCUCCAAUAUACCCCGUCAGCGUCUCGUAUAAUUUCACAAACCAGACUUCUAUCCUCCGCCUCUCGUCUUCUCCAAGCGCAACCGCCGUCUCAAUCCUCGAACACGCCCAAGACCAACAACAAUGUAACCUCGGAAGCGGAGAAGAAGGAGGAAGAAGAAGGAUUUGAACUCUCGGAGCGUGCCGCGCAAGCUGCGCAGGUCAACCUGCGGGCCAAGCUGGCGAAGGAUGGCUCCUCGGGCAAGAAGUCAGGUUUUGCGGAAAUCUGGCGAUUGUUCAAGAUUGCUCGACCGGAAACUAAGGCUCUCAGUUUUGCGUUCUUCUUCCUGCUGGUCUCCUCGUCUAUCACGAUGUCAAUUCCCUUCUCGAUCGGUAAAAUCAUGGACACAGCUACCAAGAGCAUUGAAGAGGGUGGUGGCCAACUGUUUGGCUUGAGCAUGCCCAUGUUCUACACUGCUCUGGGUGGAAUUCUCAUGGUCGGUGCUGCUGCCAACUACGGUCGUAUCAUCAUUCUUCGAAUCGUUGGUGAGCGUAUUGUCGCUAGACUGCGCUCCAAGCUUUUCCGCCAGACUUUCAUCCAAGAUGCCGAGUUCUUCGAUGCCAACCGAGUCGGUGACUUGAUUUCUCGCUUGAGUUCGGACACGAUCAUCGUGGGUAAGAGUAUCACUCAGAACCUGUCGGAUGGUCUUCGCGCCGGCGUCAGCGGCUUUGCCGGCUUUGGUUUGAUGGCAUACACGAGCUUGAAGCUGUCCAGUAUCUUGGCACUUUUGCUGCCCCCAAUUGGAUUGGGUGCUCUGUUCUAUGGACGUGCGAUCAGAAACCUCAGUCGCAAGAUCCAGAAGAACCUCGGUUCCUUGACAAAGAUCGCCGAAGAACGACUGGGAAAUGUGAAGACCAGUCAGUCUUUUGCGGGCGAAAUUCUCGAAGUCAACCGGUACAACAAUCAAGUCCGCAAGAUCUUCAACCUCGGCAAGCGGGAAUCUUUGAUUAGUGCGACAUUCUUCAGUUCGACCGGUUUGAUGGGUAAUAUGACGAUCCUGAGUCUGCUCUAUGUUGGAGGUGGCAUGGUUCAAUCUGGUGCCAUCAGUAUCGGAGAGUUGACCUCUUUCCUGAUGUACACCGCAUAUGCCGGCUCCAGCAUGUUUGGUCUCUCCAGCUUCUACUCUGAGCUAAUGAAAGGUGUCGGUGCCGCCAGUCGCCUCUUCGAAUUGCAAGACCGCCAACCCACGAUCCACCCGACAAAGGGUCUCAAAGUGGAGUCCGCACGCGGCCCGAUCCGAUUUGAGAAUGUUUCCUUCAGCUAUCCGACUCGUCCCGCUGUGAAAAUCUUCAAAGACUUGAACUUUGAGAUCCCUCAGGGAACUAAUGUGGCUAUUGUUGGUCCCUCUGGGGGUGGCAAGUCGACCAUCGCAUCUAUCCUGCUUCGUUUCUACAGCCCCACUGCCGGCCGUGUCUUGAUCAACGGCAAGGAUGUCAGUGGCAUGAAUGCCAAGUCCCUUCGUCGCAAGAUCGGUGUCGUUGCCCAGGAGCCCGUUCUCUUUUCUGGUACCAUUGCCGAUAACAUCUCCUAUGGUCGGCCUCAUGCCACUCGUUCUGAGAUCAUCGCUGCUGCUCGCAAGGCUAACUGCCAGUUCAUAAGUGACUUCCCCGAUGGACUUGACACCCACGUGGGUGCUCGUGGAGCUCAACUGUCUGGCGGACAGAAGCAGCGAAUCGCCAUUGCGCGUGCGCUCAUCAAGGAACCCGAUAUCUUGAUUCUCGACGAGGCCACUUCCGCCCUCGAUGCUGAAUCUGAGACCCUCGUUAACAGCGCGCUGGCGGCUCUUCUGCGUGGUAACAACACGACGAUCAGUAUUGCCCACCGUCUCUCAACGAUCAAGCGCUCGGACACGAUCAUUGUCUUGGGCAACGACGGCACUGUUGCCGAGCAAGGCAGCUACGAAGAGCUCAGCUCUCGCCCCGACGGAGCUUUCACCAAGCUUAUGGAGUGGCAAAUGAGCGGCGGCGAGGCGCAGAACCCCCCAACACGGUCCGUUGAGCCGGACGAGUUGUACAAGCUCCAGAAGGAGACGGAGCCGGAACAAGACUUCGAAGAAGAUGAUGAAGUGGAAGAAUUGAAGUCUGAGAAAAAGGAAUAG